CCUUUUGUUUUAGCAAGAUCAGACUAACACAGCUACCUCUCUGUUACUGUUUAACUGUAGUGUAGACCAGCUCUGUGACUCUAGAUGUUGUUUGUGUUGUGAAGGUGGAUGUCAGCUGAAAGUUUGGCAAUACUGUACUCAAUACUAACUCACCUCAGCAUUUUUAAGUGUUUGAGAGCAGGGAAGUAUUGUACUCUGCCUGACUUGUAAGACUUGGCAGGCAAACCUAUCUCUUUAUUCUGAGAGGUUUCCACUGCAGCUACUAUGGUUCCUGCAGCUACCAGGAACUAGGUAAUAUCCAUUCAUUUCAUUUCACAGAGAUUAGGAAACAUCAGUUUUGUAGAAGUGCAUGAGUGCUACUGAUCUGGGCUGGCUUUGUUUAUUUAGCAAGUUCUAGGUACCUGUACAAUUAUCUUAAACAUUCCCCCAGUAAAAAAAACUCAAGUCGAAAUAUCCUUACCAUACAUGAUUUUUGCUUCCAGGCCUCUUCAUGUAGCCUGCUUAGUUGCAUGAGAAGCCUGUAUGACACUUAAUAGCUUGCCAUAUGUAUCACCAUACCCCAACUUCCUCAAAAGUGCCCGUCCCAGAAAGGCCCAAGUAAAAAUGAGCAUUGUAGUGCUUCCUAAAGGCUGUUAAAUCUGGGCUGUGUAGGAUGAAGAUGAAGGAAGAGUUCUAAAAUUGAAAAUCAUUCUUGGAAAAUGACCUGUCAGCAUCUCUCUCCCUUUGUAACCAAGGCACUGUCAUCUUGAGCAACUCUGCUGAUUGCAAGGAGAGGAGAAAGGGUUUUCAGGCAGUCCAGUGAAAGACUGUAUCCUGUCAUCAGUUCUCUGAGGCAUCCAGUCCAUCAAGCCAACGUGUGUACUUUUUGUCCCCUUGAGUACCAAUACAUUUUUUGUGUUAUUAGCAUACUCAGUUAUCAUAGUAACUACAUACUUUAAAAUAUAAAUGCCUUUUUAGUCUAUUUGUGUUAUAGAUGAGAAUAUGGUAUUAGAAUUUAGCUGUGUGCAGCCAGAUGGCUUAUAGUGUUGCUAAGGAAAACAGACUAUAAAUGUAGUGGUAGCUGAAUGUCCCCAGAAUUAUCAGGCAGUUUGAAGCCAGUAUUUUAACCCAUGUAGGCAGGUAAACAAAUACAUACAAUUAUGAAAUAUUAAUUUCCUGGGUUUAUACUUCAUUAAUUUUAUUGCUUAUUUUAUAUUUACUAAAGGUGCAUCAAUUUCUUACUGUGCCUUCCAAGGUACAUGGGGUAUUUCACUAUGGCUUACAAUUAAAUGGUAAAAUUAACAUUAAGAAAUGACAAUAAAAUAUCUACCAUAAAAGGAAUCUGCAAAAUUAUUGUUUGAUGGAUGGGUAAAGAUAUAAAAACCCAAAAGCAGUAGUUCUAUGGAAAAAUUCCUUUGUGGGCAGAGAAGAAUUGAAUAUACUUAGUGUGGAAGAAGUAGAGCUACCAAAGAGGAGGAUAGAGAGAGAGAUAUGGCUGUAUUACAAUUUGUCACUGUUUGGCCUUUGUAACAGCCUGUCAAACUGCCCGCCAGACAGCCCUUCCAGAAAAGGAGUUUGACAACUUGUUGAAGGAUUAUCAUUGAGAAGGUUGCUUGGAAAGGGAAGAUUCUGCUGAACACCGGUGCAUACAAUCUCACAAAGAGCGCCAAAACAUGACUUAUUCACACUAUUACGUAUUCUGUUCAAGGACUUCUGCCUGGAUUGGCAUAAAUAUUGGCACAAAAGUUGGAGCUCUGCUGUUUUCAGUUGUGAAAUCCUGAUUUGGUUCAUGGCCAAGGAACAUGAUACUGCCCUUAGAAGCUGAAAUGCCUUGAGGACUUUGGCUCUGCAUUCGUUCCUCCUGUAACAAUGGUUUUCUCUGCAAUGUUGACAUCUGCCCACUCUAGGAUACUGAAUGCUACUUUUAUUGUCUAUGAAAAUGCCUACAUGAAUUUUACCACUCCCCAAUUUUUGCUUCGUAGUGACACAACACAGCCUUUGAUGCACAGUUCAGGGGCCAUGGUCACCACUGAGAUAAGUACUUUACUAGUGACCAGCCCAGCUAUCCUGCCAACACAGGAAGUUUUCAAGAGUUUGAGUCUGCCACUCCAGAUCAUUCUGUCUGCUGCUAUGGUAUUUAUACUGUUGGUGUCUUUUCUUGGAAACUUUGUUGUCUGCCUCAUGGUCUACCAGAAGGCUGCCAUGCGAUCUGCAAUUAAUAUUCUCUUAGCGAGCCUGGCUUUUGCAGACAUGUUGCUUGCAGUGAUGAACAUGCCUUUUGCUCUGAUAACCAUCAUUACCACGCGAUGGAUUUUUGGGGAUAUAUUCUGCAGAGUCUCUGCCAUGUUUUUCUGGCUGUUUGUCAUAGAGGGGGUAGCCAUCCUACUCAUUAUUAGCAUUGAUAGAUUCCUAAUUAUAGUUCAGAGGCAAGAUAAGCUGAAUCCUUACCGUGCAAAGAUUCUUAUUGCUGUUUCAUGGGCUGCGUCCUUUGUUGUGGCUUUUCCAUUAUCUGUGGGAAACCCCAACCUGCAGAUACCUUCUAGAGCACCUCAGUGUGUUUUUGGCUACACCACUAGUCCUGGGUACCAGGCAUAUGUGAUUCUAGUUGUACUAAUUUCUUUUUUUAUUCCAUUCAUGGUGAUGCUGUACUCCUUUAUGGGCAUACUCAACACUGUACGCCACAAUGCAGUGCGUAUCCACAGCCAUCCUGACAGCAUAUGCCUCAGCCAGGCUAGCAAGCUUGGUCUUAUGAGCCUUCAGAGACCUUUUCAAAUGAGCAUUGAUAUGAGCUUUAAAACUCGUGCCUUUACGACCAUAUUGAUUUUGUUCAUCGUUUUCAUAGUCUGUUGGGCACCUUUCACCACAUACAGCCUUAUUGCCACAUUCAACAGUCACUUUUACUACAAGCACAACUUUUUUGAGAUAAGCACUUGGCUCCUUUGGCUCUGCUACCUCAAGUCUGCACUGAACCCAUUGAUUUACUACUGGAGGAUUAAGAAAUUUCAUGAUGCGUGCUUAGACUUGAUGCCCAAGUACUUCAAGUUUUUGCCACAGCUCCCUGGUCACACAAGAAGACGCAUUCGGCCCAGUGCCAUCUAUGUGUGUGGGGAGCACCGGUCAGUCGUGUAAAAAUUGGAACUAUUUGACAUGACAGUCGUUUUCUGGGAUUGUUUGUUCUAUGUACUGUUUUAUUUGAAUAUGGCCCUUAAACUGCCGUAUCUUAUAACUUGAGUAUGUUUUCCAAUAUCUUGUGCAAUUUUAUGGAAAAGUGAUUGAUUAGAACUGGGUUUACUGUCAGAAACAAUGUAAACAAAAUUACAGCUAUUACCUCCAGAAUUCAAUGGAAACCCAGACUUCUUUUAAAAAUUACAUUUCUAAUAUUUUGUCAGUUUUCUGCUUAUUAUGCCUGCAAUUGCAUCUAAUUGUAGGGGUUUUUAAUGCUGCUAUGGCACAGUGUAUUUAGUUGGUGUAAUUUUGCUGAGAUGUUGCUGCUUUCUGCCAAGAUAUUAGAGCCAAAAAGUCACAUUUAGGUAACUUCUAUUUAAUUUUAACAACAUUUCAAGAGUUUUGAUGACAAUGAGAACCCUUUAAAAAUAUUUCCAUUAAUAUUUUGUGCACUUUAUGGAACUUACCACAAAAUCUGUUUUUCAGAAUUCUUGUGAUACCUGUAGAGGAGGUUUUAAAAUGUUGUUUUUACACAUUAUAGUGACAGUUUAAUAGAAGAUAUGUUUAUUUUCUAGGAGGGCAAAUUUACAUUGGUGCAUCUACAACUACAGAUACUGCUGGACAUUGUUUCUGAAAAUUAACCUAAUGGGAUAUUAAUUCCUUAACCCUGGUGGAUGGGAAAAUUGAGGCAAAGAAGAAGGGGGAAAAAAAAAAAAAGAUCAUGUCCAAAAUGUAAGGCUGACACAAGUUCUGAAAAAAUUGAUACUUUUGAUCAUUGCAUGCAUUUUAAAAUGUUGGUGUUUAUGAAAAUUCCAAAUCUUUUGCUGUGUCCAAAAGUCAGGUAUAAAUUAUGGCUCUUAUCCUACAAUUUAUUUAUAGUAUAUGGAAAGAUGGCUGUUCCUUUUCAGAGCUCUAAGAAAGUUAGUGUGACUCUGAGUGAUAUACUGCAUCCAGACUUUCUAAGGCUAGGUCUACACUCCAAGGAAAAGUUGGAAAAAGAUAUGCAACUUGCAUAACUUUUUCCACUUUUCUUUCAAAAGAGGCUUUUCUGAAAUUUAGCAUGUCUACCCAGCACUAAAUUUCGGAAAAACCUUCUCUUUUGAGCUAUCCCUUCCUUCCUAGUGAAACAAGGUUUAUGAGGAUGGUAAAAGAACGCAUCUGCUUUUCUGAUUUUUUUGGGGGAAAAGUGGAUGCGUUCCUUGGAUGCAGCAUAGCUUUUCUGGGAUACCUCCUGUAUCCCGGAAAGGAGCUGUGGUCUAGACAUAGACUAAAUGGGCAGGAUUAGAGCCUUUGAGAGUCUAUGGUCAAUGGAUAAUUGGAAUGGGUGUUUUGGGGUGCAUGAACCAUGGUUUGGACAGGGGCAAUAAUAAACAUCUUCAUCUAACAUUCUUCACCACAGUUCUACAGUUUAUAACAAUGAAAAAAAUUGAGAGAGCCUUUUAAUGAAAGAAUCUGAUUUUUAAUUAUAAGAAGUUGGGGAGGUGAUUUAACAAAUGGGGAAAGGUUGGGAAGCUAGUUCAGAAUUUAUGAGGGAGAAUUUGGCAAUGAGAUCAAAUUAGUCAAAUUUGCUGCCUCUCUCCUGCAUUUCUUUGUUUUUCUUUGCCGUCUCUCAUUCCCAUUUCUAAUACCCUUCUUAUUUACUCUGUAUUACAAAUCUGCUUGUGUUCAGUGGAAGCUUCUUUUGCUCGAAUGCCAAACCAUCUUUUGGAUUCUCAUCAGAUACUGACUUUGCCUUUCUUGAUAAUUGCCUUGAAAACAUCCAUUCUUAUCUGAGAAUAGGAAAAAUGUUGGUGGAUUUCCCUCAGUGAUUAUUAUGUAUUUUUAUCAAGUACAAAAACUUAUAUGUGACCGGUGAAUCAGAUAAACAGGGAAAAUUUGAGGCAUUUAACAGAGAACCUGAAUUGUGUACUGGGGUGACAGGAACAGGGAACAUUGUCCUUGUGGAAGGUACAUUGUCUACUGGGCUAUAUAUUUGUGCAUGGGAGGUGUGCGGCCUGCUCCAUCCACACAGAAUCCCACUGGCUGCUAACUGACGGAGCCUGUGUUACCACCCUGCUCCAUGUAUGUGGUAGAGUCAUCACCCUGCUUCCUGCCUACUCCCUUUUUUUCAAUAUCUAGCUCUCCAGGAGUGUGCAGUCCCUGUGAUCUCCUGAGUACAGUGUCCGUUCUGAGUGUCCCCUUCUGAGCUGCAUAAGGCUUGUGCGUGUUCUGUGGGCAUGCACACAUGCCCAAAGCUUCUUGUUCUAAAUGAAUGCAUAGGGACUCUCUGGAGAACGUCUCCUGGAUUAGAUUUUAUGAAGCUAUUCAGAGAAGGGUAUUUGUAUUUUGAAUACUUUAAAGGAGGAAUUUUGCCUUGGCUUAUUUCAUUUUUAAGAGUGUCUGGCUUUGAACAAAUAAAUGAAGUCUGCCACUUGAUUCAGAUUUGACAAGGCACCAGGGAAAAGUAUUGUUAAAACAAAAAGGCCCCUUGAAAUCUGCUCUUACAUCCCCAUUUAAUUACUGGUGAUGCCAUUGAAACAAUAAUCCUCUGAUCAGACAACAGGCAACACUGGAGUUUUAGUGCAAAACAACUUGGGUUUUGUGUGCCUCUUAGAGUAGAACUCUUAUUUUUAAUUAAUUUUGCAUCUGUGGCUUCAGUUUAUGGCUGGGCUUUGUAUAGUUGUUGUAUUGCAGACAUACCCCUCCUUUUUCUCUCUGAAUAUAGAAAUAAAAUGUGCUUUAAUUAAUGUAAUAUUCUGGGAGUAUAUAUACUUUACCACUAACAGGAACAUAUUUUUACUCUGUCUUCCAGAGAAACAAAACUGGUUUGAAUGGAUAUAGUAAAAUAUGAUAAUUGAAAGGGAAAAGAGGAGAAGUAAUCCAGUGAGGCUGGUUAAAUCAUUCCUUGAAGGGAGAAUGUUAUCUUUUGGGGAUUCCAUAAUCUUUGAUCAGUGCAAACUGUGAAGUAGAAAUUGCAUCUGUCAAAAAUGUGAUGUGUCUUGGUAAUGUUUAAGCCUACACUGGAAAUGUUUUCUCUCAGUGCUUGAUCUGUUAAUGUCAACUCUGAAUUAGGUCAGAUUCAGAGCAGUCUUAUAGUGGGACGUAACAUACACUUUGAAUAGAGUUUGGGGAAUGGGAGGUUAGCAUAAAAAAACAAACCAGAUAACUAAGAGAGAAUACAAUAAACGAAAGGUGUCUUGCACAUAAAUCAGGCCUGUUUACCAGUGUGUUAUUUACAGCACCAGUUGGCUUAUUGUAUUCAAUUGGCUGUUACAAAGCAGUGCCUUGUUAAUUUCAGUUGAAUUCCUUGGAUCAAGUUAAAGAGUGAUAAACUGCUUACUCUCACAGCCGUGAUCCUUCAAACACAUGAUAAUUUUAUACACAAGUGUUUGCAGUAUUAGGACCAUUAUGUAAGAAAAAACUUUAGCUGUGGGGAAGAGGAGGUUAAAAUCUGAAAUAAAUUUACUAAUUUUAAAGUCUAGGGGAUGAAAAUAUUCUUCAUCCUCUCCAAAAAUGAUUUUUUUAAUUCAUACUUGUAUUUAUAUUUUGAAGAUUCCUUGGUGAUGAAGAUAAACGUAUUUCUAUUACUUUUCAGUUAUCUCAGUGUUGUUCAGUCAAAGCAUGAAGCUGUCACAACUUUCAUGUAUACAAAUCUGUUGCUAAAAUGAGUUUGGUUUUUUUAAUACCCUUAAGGGAUGUUGCAUAUUCUUUUAUAGCUUUUGCUAUUUAUAUAAAGGUAUUUAGGCAUAGAGAGAGGGGGAAAUGCUUUUAUCUUUUUCUUCCUCUGUUGAUUUUCACUUUUAUGCCUGAUACUUUUAUAAUUUCUAUUAUUUGGUUUUAUGUUUAAAUGACUGCCAGAUUUUAUUGUUCUUUCUAAGAACCGGUGAGAUUUUUCACUCUGAAAUCAUGUAAUGUAGCCCUCCUUAAAAUAUGUAUAGGUUUACUUUCACGUGAAAGAGCUCCAGAACACACAUUGUUGCAGCCAAACUAGUGAAGAAUUUUCUUAAGUCAGUUUUUUCUGGAGCCUUUACUUUAUCAUUACGAACUGGUUUAAUCUUUUUGAGCACUAGUAAUUUUACCUAUGUGGAGAAACCUUGAAUUCAUUGUUUUAAAAAUAAAUUGUUAAGUAGAAUUGUGUUGUAUUUUUCUGUACAAAUCACACUUAUGACAAUAACUGAAAAACAGAAAAGAAAAAUAAACAUUGAUACCAUGUGGAAAAAGUUCUGACAUUAAGUUGUUAUAUUUGCACUCAAAUGGAGGCCUGUCAAAUGACUGUAAUUUUAAUAUCUGUUUUUAUCAUUUCAAAUAUUCUUAAAGCUUACUUUGUAAUUCAUAUAAUGGCAAAUGGUGAAAACAUCAGUUGAAACUUCCCUCAUUUAUAGCUGUUUUUGUUUAACUGAAAACAUUAUUUCCUUGAUGGCAAGUGUACAACAAAAUGCAGUAAUGCUAAAACUGCU